ACGGUGUAAUUGAGUACGUCUGUAUGCCUGUAAGCGUGGUCCAGUCAGCUGCCAUUCUUCAUAAAGCCGGCACUUGGUUAACAACUCUGUGAAAGAACAUCCCGAAAAAAUGAGUGAGCCCAUCGUUUCCGUUGUGAAGGGGAGCCUGCCUUGCGUAAAUGGCCUUGGAGAAGGCCCCCACUGGGACGCUGGAAGAGAGGAACUUUUCUACGUGGACAUUAUGAAACACGCUGUCUUCCGUUACAUCCCCAAAACUGAAGAAUGCUACAAAGUAGAAAUUGAUUCUGACCACGUCUCACUCGUGGUUCCUGUCGCCAAUGAAAAGAAUCAAUAUGUCAUCGCGGUGGAUAAGACGAUCCAAGUGAUGGAGUGGGACGGCAAGUCCAAGGUUCCAGAAAAGGUGAAACUGCUCUACACUGGCGAAGAGGGCAUGCCAACGAAUAAAAUGAAUGAUGGCAAGUGUGACGCAAAAGGGAGAUUAUGGGCUGGAUCCAUGGUGGAAGUUGACCCGACAAAGGGUCUCGAGCAUGCUAGAAAGGGAGCCCUGCACAGUUUUGACGACGGGGUUGCAAAAAGGCAUGUGGAUGGAAUCGAUAUUUCCAACGGAUUGGCGUGGACUGCCGAUAAUUCUGUAAUGUAUUACAUCGAUUCCUAUUCCGGGGUGAUGGAUGCGUUUGAUUUUGAUUUGGAAAAGGGGGCAUUGAGUAACCGUCGCACUGCUUUUGACUUUAAGACGUCUGGAGCUACUGGAUUGGCAGAUGGGAUGACGAUUGAUGCAAAUGGAAAUUUGUGGGUUGCCUUUUUUGGUGGGAAUGGGGUUAUGCAGAUUGAUCCCCGAGUGGGUAAGAAAAUCGGUUUCGUGAAAACUCCGGCAAGCAGAGCUACCUCGGUUGCCUUUGGUGGACCCCAUUUGGACACCUUGUACAUCACGACGGGUAGCUGCUUUCUUCCUACGGAUAAUGCAGAAGAUUUUGGACCAGCAGAUGGCCAACUGUAUCAAGCUGUUAAUGUGGGGGCGAAGGGCUUGGGUUCCGGGGUUAGCUAUGCUGGGAAAAUUUAAGCUAAAUUUGUAGAGAAAUGAUAACGUCAAUAAAAUAAUGAUAAAUUUGUGUUACAAAUUUCCAAAAU